AUGGAAGUCGACUCGCACGACCGCCCUCGCUCGCGACCCCGUUCGCCGGGCCGAUCUAGAUCCCCAUCGCGAUCACGAUCCAGGUCGCCAUCGCGUUCGCGCUACCGAUCCCGCUCGAGAAGCAGAAGCAGAAGCAGAAGCUACUCACGAAGCAGAAGCCGCUCGUACUCGAGGAGAAGCUAUUCGCGAUCCGCAUCGCCGCCGCCAAAGGGCACAAAGAUUGUUGUGGAGCGCUUGACCAAGACGGUCAACGAAGACCACUUGUACGAGAUCUUUGGGCAGUUUGGCGCCAUCAAGGACCUGGAUCUGCCUAUGAACAGAGCCUUCAACACGAACCGCGGAACGGCCUACAUUCUGUACUCGUCACCAGCUGCCGCCGAGGCUGCGAUUUCACACAUGCACGAAUCCCGCGUCGACAAUGCUACAAUCCACGUCUCUAUUGUCCUUCCGCGCCGCAAAAUAUCACCUUCACCCCCCACUGCUCGUCGCGGGGCAAACAUCGACCCUCGCCAGCCCUUUUCGGGUCCUGGUGGUAACCGAGGCGGUAGAGGACGCCGCGGGUCUCCUGGCUCUCGAUACGGCUCACGGUCCAACGUGUACAGACCACGAUCUAGUUCUCCUCGUGGAAACGGCUCUGGCCCCCGUGGUGGCCAGUACAGGAGCCGCUCACGGUCGAGGUCUCGCUCGCGAUCCUAUACACCGCCUCGACGACACUCGCGCAGCAGCAGCAGGAGCUUUGAUAAUGGGGACAGAAGAUCCCAUAGCCCGAUGAAGGAGGACAACUAG